AUAAACCCAUAGAUGAUCUUAUCAUCCCAAAUUCCUAUUUUAUUAAUCUUCAAAACAGUAUAGAUUAUAAUCAUGUUUUUGAUUGUUUGUCGAUAUAUGUAAGGAUCAAGUGAGAUAAGGAAGGUAAAAGAGAAAAAGGAGAUGCACAUCCGGUCUCGUCAGAUCAUGGACAAACUACUUAAACGUGCUAAAAGCUAUUACGAGCAAGAAGAGAAGCUCAAUAAGUGGCUUUCACAGUACCAUGAGGACAAGGCAACAAGCAACGGAAAUAGCUCCUGUCAUUCAGAGUAUGAGUACUUCAGAAGAGGCCACGGUCCCUCGACGCCAAUACUGAUUGCAGCAAGUAAUGGCAUUGUGGAAAUGGUAGAGAAAACCCUUCAAGAUCUUCCCCUGACCAUUCAUGACAGGGACUUCAAACGGAAGAACAUAGUGCUAUUGGCAGUGGAGAACAGGCAGUCGCAUCUAUAUGACUUCUUGCUCAAGAGUUCUCAUCUUCGUGAUGAAGACCUUGCACUUCAUGCAGUGGAUGAAGACGGGAAUAGCGCAUUGCAUCUAGCUGCCGAGUUAAAAAAUUAUGAAAGCUGGCUUAUCCCCUCCAGCACGUUGCCAAUGCAUUGGGAAGUCAUAUGGUAUGAGGUAUGCAAAAUUGACUUCUUAAUUUGUUGUUUGAAUUUUUCUCAUGGUGUUACAUUUGAGCUAUUAAUUGUAAAUACAGUAACUUGGGGUUAUGUACUUGGGAUUAUUGCAGUAUGUGAAGAAAUCCUUGCGACUGAAUGUCUCUGCCAGUUCUAAUAGGAUUCAAAAGACCCCUGAUCAGAUAUUCACAGAAACACAUAAAAGAACCCUUAGAAAAAAGCAAAGAAUGGCUCAACAGCACAUGCAAUUCCUGCUCUUUCACUGCAGCUCUAAUAGCAACGGCUGGUUUGCACUAAAUGCUCAAACUAUUCUUGGUUUGAAACUUACUAUUAUAUUUAUUUGCUGUGAUUUGUUUUUAUUUUUGAAU